AUGGGCAGCAUCAGUAUCGAAAAGGAAAUGCGUGGUUCGUCGGCCGAGCGCGACUCGUACGAGAUCGAGGAAUAUCCCCUGGGUGAGGCGAAGGCACUCAAGGUGAUUUGCAUUGGAGCAGGUGCCACGGGAUUGAAUCUCAUCUACCGAACUCGAAGGCAUCUUAAGAACAUCGAUCUAACAGUCUACGAAAAGAAUCCCUCAAUAGGAGGCACGUGGUUCGAGAAUGCCUAUCCUGGUUGUGCCUGUGACAUCCCUUCCCAUAUUUAUCAAUUCUUGUGGGCACUGAACCCGGAAUGGAGCUCUUUCUACGUCACCGGACCAGAGAUCUUGAAAUACUUUAUCGAAGUGAGCCAGCGAUAUCAGCUCGACCAAAACAUCAAGACACAACACCUCGUCACACGUGCAGAGUGGUGUGAAGAGGACGGCAUCUGGAAGGUGACCAUCAUCAACCAGAUCACAGGACAAGAAAUUCAAGAUUCGUGUCAUUUCCUGGUCAAUGGGGCUGGAUUUUUGAACCACUGGCAAUGGCCUGACAUUCCGGGCAUUCAGUCGUUUAAAGGAACCCUUCUGCAUUCGGCACAUUGGGAUCAAAGUGUCCAGUUGUCCGGAAAACGGGUUGCGGUCGUGGGAAAUGGCUCUUCAGGCAUCCAGCUUGUGACCGCUUUGCAGCCGAUUGCCGAGCAUCUGACCAAUUUCAUCCGAAAUCCGACGUGGAUCUCCACGUCGUAUGCUCAAGCCUUUGCUGGUCCCAACGGAUCCAACUUCUUUUAUUCCGAACAGCAAAAAGAAGAGUUCCGCAACGAUCCCCCAAAGUCAUUACAGUAUCGCAAAGCCAUUGAGACGGACAUGAACAGCAAUUUCGCAUUUUCUCUCAGCGGCUCCCCACAACAAGCUCAAGCGGUGGAGGGGAUCACGAAAAUGAUGAAAACUCGGCUUGGUUCUCGCAGUGAAGACCUCGCGGAUAAACUCAUCCCUACUGAAUUCGGCUUUGGCUGCAGGCGACCAACUCCAGGGACGGGAUAUUUGGAAUCUCUCACGGCUCCGAAUGUCACGGUCGAGUACGACUCAAUUGCGCAGGUAGUGGAAAACGGCAUCAAGUUGAAGAAUGGCACGAUCCUGGUGUACGAUGCAAUCAUCUGUGCCACGGGAUUCGAGACCUCGUGGCGUCCACGCUUUCCCAUCAUUGGGCGCGACGGCAUCGAUAUGCGCAAGCAAUGGAAAGACCGCCCGAAGAGUUAUCUGUCCUGCACGGUGGCAAAUUUCCCCAACUACUUUGUUUUCCUUGGACCUAAUUCUCCACUCAGUCACGGUUCAGCAUUGCCCAGUAUAGAGCACUUGACUAAGUAUCUCUUCCAGUUGAUUUACAAGGUUCAGUCCCAGAACUACAAGGCAGUCGAGCCUCUGGAAGAAGCAGUAAACGACUUUAUCGAGCACGCUGACAAAUUCAUGGAGCGGACUGUUUGGGCAGGUAAAUGUCGCUCGUGGAUGAAGGGAGGCAAGAAAGACAGUCCUCCACUUACCCAUCCCGGCAGUCGACUACACUGGUUCCAAAUGCUACAAGAACCGCGUUGGGAGGACUACAAGUGGACUCGACAUUCGCACAAUCGAUUCGCAUAUCUAGGCAAUGGUUGGUGUACGAUGGAUGAAGAAGGCAAAGACAAGGCUUGGUAUAUGAAUGAUCCGGACCAAGGUUUCGAGCGUCUCAUCUACUAG